CCUCUUAGUGGCUGUAGAAGUCUCAAACAGAAGAUCAUCAACUUGAUGAGAAAUGCAGGCCAUUAAGUGUGUAGUGGUGGGCGAUGGAGCUGUGGGUAAAACAUGUCUUCUCAUCAGUUACACAACCAAUGCUUUCCCUGGGGAAUACAUCCCGACUGUAUUCGACAAUUAUUCAGCGAAUGUGAUGGUGGACAGUAAACCAGUAAACUUGGGCUUGUGGGAUACAGCUGGCCAGGAGGACUAUGAUCGACUGAGGCCUCUUUCCUAUCCUCAAACAGAUGUGUUUCUCAUUUGCUUUUCUUUGGUGAGUCCGGCAUCUUAUGAGAACGUUCGUGCCAAGUGGUACCCAGAAGUGAGACACCACUGUCCCAGCACACCAAUAAUUCUUGUUGGAACCAAGCUGGAUCUGCGGGAUGACAAAGAAACCAUUGAGAAACUUAAGGAGAAGAAAUUGUCUCCAAUCUCUUACCCACAGGGUUUGGCUCUGGCAAAAGAGAUUGAGUCAGUCAAAUACUUGGAGUGCUCAGCCUUGACACAACGGGGCCUAAAGACGGUAUUUGAUGAGGCUAUCCGAGCUGUGUUAUGUCCCCCACCUUCGAGGCCUAAAAAAGGCAAAUGUGUGGUGCUUUAAGUUUUGUUUCAUCAAAUUUUCCUGUGCACUUCAGUAAUGUUGGAUUCCUCCAUCAAUUCCAGAAGACACUCAUACACCUUGGACCUGCUACCCUAAUGGUUACAACUCAACCCUCCUUCUUACCCCAUAUACAUGCACCCACAAUACACCCCUUUGCUUGGUCACAUUAUCCCCACAUAUUUAGCUUUAAGCAUUUUUUAUUCUAAACAUUGCUGUUAUUCUGUUUGAAAUAGAAAUAAAUAUGUUGUUGUACUUUG